AUGGGGCAACUAAUGCAAUGUAUCAAUGAGCACAUUCGUGUAGAGGAUGAUGCGGCGGCGUCCACCGCGAAGACAAAUCUGGUGGCAACGGACAAAAGGGUGGCUGACAAGGUACACGCGGUCAGACAGGAGACAAACCGUUCAAAUGAUCGCGCGGGAGAAUCUGACUGUGGUCUAAAUCGUAGAAACCGGGGUAAAGGUCGCCGCAGUGACCAAACGGAAUACCCCCACGAUGACGUAGCGGAUGCCAACAGAAAGUUGAAUGCUCGAACGGGCAUCACCACGGUAUUGAAGAUACCGAUUUAUGGCAUACUUAGUGAAAUCCGCGACGAGGAUUACGUCCGGUUUCCCACCAAGGUAGGCGAUGCGCAAAAGGGUUUCAAUCCGCGGUACCGCUGUACAUUCCAUAGAGAGCGAGGACACCGGACGGAGGACUGUUUUCCCCUAAAGCAACACUUGGAGGAGCUGGUUGCAGCCGGUCACUUAAACCUUUUCAUCGAUGGGGGCAUUAGAGCCGCGCACCAUGCCUCGGCUGAUCCGAGUGGUUCGGAUGACCUAGAGGCGCCCCCUCAAGGAGUGGUCAAUGUGAUCCAUGGCAUAGUGGAGCUAGCGUGGGUAUGGGAGCUCCGAGGGAUGAUAAAAAAGGCAGAGUAUAUGAGGAAAGUUUUGCCAGUCCAGUCCGCGAUCAAAAGGGGCAAGAUCGAGGAGAAAUAUGUGAUUAGUUUUUCAACUAGGGACCUUGAGAGCAUUCAAACGCCGCACAACGACGCCCUAGUACUCACCCUCCGCGUCAGAGACUUCGAUGUCAAGCGCAUCUUCAUUGACCAGGGAAGCAACUCAAACUCCGGGAUACAGACUUGGCUCCGGUACAUCCAGCCACAAGUUCGAUUACUCGUCGGGUACUCAACUUUCGCGGCGGAACGUCACAGUGAGGCACUGCUGGCCACAGCUGAUGGCCGGCAGAACCCUUUGUCUCAGUAG